AUGUGAUGACACUAUAUUCCGGGAUAUCAUCCGUUCGCUUGUUGAACUCCGACUGGAAUCCAGAUUUUAGGUUCUCUCAGGAUGGACAAGGACGAAGAGGCACUCUUGCUUAUAGAAGAAAACGAAGAUCUUCCGCCGUACAUAAUGGAUCUGUCAAGACAUUGCCUGAAAAACGCUUACUUUAUGUACAACGGGAAAAUUUACAGACAAACAGAUGGAGCAGCAAUGGGAUCAUCUCUCUCACCUGUGAUUGCCAACCUCUUCAUGAUUUACUUCGAAAAGAAAGCAAUAAAGAAGGCAAAUCUGAAGCCAAAACUAUGGACAAGAUACGUUGAUGACGUAUUUGUUGUAUGGCCUUUUGGCAAGGAGGAGCUUUUGAAAUUCCUAGAUCAUCUGAAUUCCAUUCACCCAAGGACUCAAUUUACAAUAGAACUUGAAGAGGAUAACAGUCUGCCCUUUUUAGAUGUGCACAUCACAAGGGCCGAAGAUAGACAUUUAGAACACACUGUCUAUAGAAAACCAACACACUAAUAGAUAUCUGAACGCUAAAUCUCAUCACCACCCAUCACAGAUACAGGCAGUGGCAAAUACAUUAAUUGCUCGGUCCUUCAGGCCCACAAACGAGAGGAACAGAGAUGAAGAACUGAAAAAAAUUAGUACCUGUCUUCGACAAAACGGAUACCAAAGGCGCAUCAUCAGCAAUGCAAUCGGUAAACAACAACAGCCGCAGCAGAGAGUGCAGGACGAGACCCAACAAAGAUCGAUCGCUGUCCUGCCAUACAUCAAGGGGGUUACUGACAAAAUCGGCCGAAUAUUACGGAAACACGACAUAUCAACGGCAUACAAACCUGAUCAUACCAUCGGAGCAAUCCUAAGAAACCCAAAACAAAAAAUUACUCUGGAAAACCAAGGAGUAUACAGUGUAGCAUGCGGAUCGUGCAGCCUGACGUAUGUGGGACAGACCAACAGAGGGAUUUCAGCCAGGCUCGAGGAACAUCGUUUAGCCAUAAGAAACAAACAAACAACAUCUGCUUUGUUUCAGCACCAACAUCAGACAGGCCAUAAAAUUGAUUUCGGCACUUGCAAACAAAUAGCUAAUAUUCCUGAUUUUUCGCUCCGCUCGUGUCAAAUAAACUCCUGAGUCAAAUGCCGCACUUGCUGCAUAAUAUACUAUUAACUCACCCUUUUAUUAAACACUCGCUCCGCUCGUAUCAAAAAAAGUCGUAAGUCAAAUGCAGUUUACCUAUUCUAUUCACUCAGUAUCAGGCAACUAAAAAGUUGUGUUUCUUUAUCAAACUUGUGCAUUAAUUUCAGUCAGAGGACUUUAUUUUUAAAUGCACGUGGAAAGAAAAAAUUCUUUCUUUAUUCAGAUAUUUGAACUAGAUUUUAACAAUUACAAUUAACAAUAAGUCAUUUAAAAAUAAAAGUUAAACUGCAAAUAUUCCAGAAAAACACUUUUAAAAUUUUUAAGAUAAUAUGGGCCAUACAGCUGCUGCAGAUCAGUAAUACAAUGAAAAUACAAUGUAGGCAAUAUACCAAUUCUUUUUUUUCCUCAGAGGACCAUCCUCUGCAAAACGCACUCGCUAUCGUACUUAUCGUUUUGAAGGUAAUUUCAAGGUAUGGUAAUUAAGUAAAAUAGUUUAGUAAAGCAAAAUUCGUUUUAAAAAAAAAGCAUUGGAAAAAUUCCACAAACUGUGGCGAACCGAUUAUUUUAUUUAAUUUAAAUCGCAGCCCACAUAUUAAAAGCAUUUUCCGCAUAUAGUUCAAUUUUUACACCUCCACGAAUGACAGAAUUCUAGCAUGUUUCCUCUCUCCUAAUCCACGCAAAUAUCUUAUUUACAGUGUAGGCGUAUCGUAGGACUAGACACAGUCUUUUAUUUCCAUAAUUAUAGGGAUGGUAGAGAAAAAUGCAUACGAAUAUCGGUAGAAAUUUUCCCUGUAAUAAUGAUUUUAUGUGGAGAACUUUAUAUAGUCGUUUUGAUAUUUGAAACAUCAGUUUUGGCCGGACUGUCGCCGUUGCAGCCUAGCUUUUACCUUUUGCCGACCCACGAGAUAGCUAACUAUGCUUUUUGAUUGUUGAAACAAUGAGGGUAGUCAAUCGACCGAUUCUCAAUUUUUCAAAGUACUGCAUGCUCUCCGUUGGGCUAUGGCGACUAAAAUUGCCCGUCGAAAGCAACGUCCUUCUAAAAACGUACGUAGUGUAUUCUGGCAUUGUAAAAAUCUAUAUGCCGUUGUACUUGAUGUCGAUGUGUAUCCAUUUCAUCGUCGCCUUGGGAACACCAAACCAAAGUCUAGAAGUUCUCAUGAGGGAAUUUUCCUACAUUCUCAUCAGUCUGAUAACCGAGGUCGUGGCGGUCCUCUGUCAAAAAAAAAACUUUAAACGAAUCAUAUCCUACGUCAUGGAAGAAGAAAAGGACAUAUUAGUGUCCGGCGAAGACGAAACGCUGUACCACCACAAGCGCCAGCUCAAAUUUUGCAACGCCGUCAAUUUAGCAGUCUUCGUUUUCCCGAUUUGUACAGCCGCCUCCAUAGUAAUUGAAAACGCCAGGAUCAGGCAUCAAGUCAACGGGUACAAUAGGGAACACAACGUGACGUUGAAGAAACCUUUCCCGUUCGAAUUGUACCUGUACAAGUUUGACCAAAACAACCACCAAACCACUGUCAUGUUUGUAGAAUACCUUUCGCAGAUAUUGGUAGUCCUUCGGAUAAUAUCUACCAAAAAUAUUGUUAUUUCCUGCAUUAUUUUCACUCCGUCAGUUUUGAAACGAUUGCAGAUCAGGUUUAAACGAAUGGAGAGACAGGAAGGGGAUAGUUUCGCAACAGUUACGGAUCUAAUUUCGCAACAUCAUAAAAUUAUAAGGUAUGUAAGCGAUCUGAACCACUCGAUAAGAUACGUCAUUUUGCUGGAAUACCUUUUGAAUUCACUGAACGUAGCUGCCGUCUCAUAUCAGGUCAUUUCGGACAAGCUAGCAUUCUCGGCGCUGUUUUAUUUCAUCUACUUGUUUGUCCAAACGUUCGUUUUGGGAUGGAGUGCGAACGAAGUAAAAGUGCAGAGCGAAGCGCUUAGCGAUGCCUUGUACGAGAGUCUGUGGUACGAACAAAACGGGAGAGUGCGAAGAAUGAUUCUCUAUAUGAUAGUUCGAUCCCAGAAACCUCUAAUUUUGACUAUUGGACCGUUUGAUACGAUGACCACAACGUCUGCGGUCAGGAUCAUGAAAGCUUCGUACUCCUACAUUUCACUUAUGGUUAACUAAAAUCAACCACCUAAAUGGCUAAGAAAAUGUAUCAUUCUAAACUUCUUAAUAUCUGAUAACUAAAUUGCAAAUCUGUAGUCUAGUCUGACAUCUCGCUAAAAUCGUCUUUCUGGUACCACUUUAUAAAUGAUGUAACAAUGUAUCGUUAUACUAAUAAAAAAAGGAAUUUUAAGCAAUUGUACAUUAACAAAAGUGAGAAAAAUAUUUCCAACGACAAACCACCACUUGCCGGCAGGUUCAAGCGAAUGUCGAUACUGCAAGAUGACGCUUUCGGACGGUUAAGAAAGUUAUAAGGGGAGUGCCAAUGAAGCAACAGUCAAUGGAAGUCGUAUAGUCAACGUACCCAAAGCAACUUUGACUUUGAAAACUGUGACUAAUAGAGCGAUGAUACUUCGAUCCCAGAAGCCUCUGGACUUGACCAUCGAACCGUUUGAGACUAUCGCCUCGUUUUAAACUUCGCUUUGGUAUUUAAUAAGCAGAAUUUUUGGUAAAUUGCAAACAUGUGGAUAUGUGCCACUGGAUUCACGGGUGCUUGAGAAGUCCGCUUCUCUUGCUUUUUGUCAACUUCCGAAAAUGUAAAAUGUUAAUCUGUUUCGACACCUUCACGUGUACACACUGCAGCGUGUUUCCUAUUCUG